AUUUUAUUACAAAACAUUUCCCUGCACCUGGCGCUAGCAGAAUGAUGCCUGGAAAUGCGCUGGCAGAAAUGUCACAUCAGUAAACACCGCAUUCUCUCGCUAUUUGGUGUGGUGAAGAGAAACUAUGUCGUGUGGUAGAAUAUAAGUUAAAAACCUUGUAAUAGUAAUAUAUUUUGUUAUUUAAAUACAAUAAUAAGUGUACAGUGCAAUUAAAUAUACAAACGUGCUCCCAGUCAGUCAGACAAUGGAUGAACAGAUAAGCUCCUUGAGUGACGAAGAGCUGGCUGCACAUGAGAGACAAAUAUCGGAAAAGCUAAAAGUAAUUGAAGACAAGUUGUGCCGGCUAAAGUCACAAAAAGCGCAUCUUCUAGAGCUACAGGAACAAAUAAAGAGUCUUCGAAAGCAGCGAAGAACAAUCCAGCACACGGGAAAUGAUUGGGAAAGAGAAAACUUCCCAUGGUCCACCAAGGCACGAAAUCUUCUUUCCACCGUGUUUUCGGCGAAAGAGUUCCGACCGAAGCAGCUGGCCACGGUAAACGCUCUCAUGUCCGGUAAUGAUGUUUUGUUUCUCGCACCGACCGGGGCAGGCAAGAGCUUGUGCUUUCAACUACCUGCCCUGCUAAGCAAAGGUGUAACCGUGGUUAUUUCACCGCUUAUUUCGCUCAUGGAAGAUCAAGUGUGGUCAUUAGAACGGUUAAAAAUCAAAGCCAAAUUGCUCUGUAGCACCACGGACAAGGAUUCCAUUAGUAAGAUACACAGUGAACUUAGCGACAAGCGAUUGCCAACGCUAAAGUUACUGUACGUAACACCGGAACGGUUAUCGAAAAGUAAACGUUUCAUGACGGCACUGCAGAAGUGUUACAAUAACGGACAUUUGGAUCGGUUCGCUAUCGAUGAAGUACACUGUUGCUCUCAGUGGGGUCACGACUUCCGGCCAGACUACAAAUUUCUCAACGUGCUUAAGGAAAUGUUUCCAAAGGCUCCUUUGCUAGGAGUUACGGCGACGGCUACCACUAAAGUCAUUAGCGAUGUUCAGACGAUGCUAAACAUACCCGACUCGUUACUGUUUGUAGCUUCGUUUAAUAGGCCAAAUCUUUACUAUCACGUCCUAUCGAAACCGGUCAGCAAAGAGGAACAGUUCGAUUUGAUCACGAAUUUGCUGCUUACUCGCUUUCGGAAUCAGUCCGGAAUCAUCUACACGUACUCGAUGAAGGAUGCAGUUGACAUUAGCACUGCGUUGAUUUCGCGUGGCUUAAAAGCGGGACCGUAUCAUGCGAAUCUGGAUCCAGCGGACAGGACCAAAAUACAUAAGCUUUGGUACAAUGAGGAUUUGCAGGUGGUCGUUGCAACGGUGGCGUUCGGUAUGGGCAUUAAUAAGGGCAAUGUUCGGUUCGUGAUACACCACACGUUAAGCAAAAGUAUGGAAAACUUUUACCAGGAAAGUGGCCGUGCCGGACGGGAUGGAGCUCCGGCGGAUUGUAUACUGUUGUAUCACUUCGUUGAUAUCUUUCGCAUCACGACGAUGACAUUUUCCGAACAUACCGGAUUAAAGAAUGCGUAUGCAAUGGUGGAAUAUUGUAUCACGACUAGCGAAUGUCGAAGAAAGAUCAUUUCACAGUACUUUUCGGAAGUAUGGGGCGCUGAAAAUUGCAAUGGCAUGUGCGAUCGAUGCGUCAACACUGAUUUGGUACGGCCGUUAAAAGAAAUCGCUCCGUACGUUGAACAGCUGCACCGUAUUAUUGAGAAAGCCGAUCUCGAGCAGACGAACGUUACCGGUUUGAAGCUGGUCGACGCUUGGAUGCAUAAAGGGCAGGCCAAUCUGCGGUUAACGGAUCCAGCACCACUGAUAGAUCGUACGAUAGCGGAACAGAUCGUGGGUUAUCUCAUUGUGAACGGUUACCUCAAGGAAUCGUUCGUUUAUACACCGUACGCAACGCUUAGUUACAUCAAGCGAGGAACAACGCGUGUUUCGAAUAACUCCCUGAAGUUCCGGUGCGGUAAGUUAUUUCCGCUCGUACCUGACGCAGCGCGGACAAAUGGAGAUACUACGCCAUCGACUAGUAAAUCGAAAAAACGCCCAGUUGCUGCACAAACGAAUGGAAGUGCUGUUAAACGCAGGACCAGACGUACUAUUAGUUGGACCGAUAGCUCCGAAGACUCCGAUUCUUCUUCUCCUGCCACUCAACUGUCUAAUGAUGUGGAAAUAAUAGAACUUGAUAGGGAGUAAGUUUUGUAAGUGGAAAAUACACACAUUUAUUUAAGUUUUAAAAUACAUUAACCUUAA